GUCUCAUCAAGAUCACAAACUCUCGUCGUUAGAUCGCGGUUUGCUAACCUUUUCACGCACAAAUCUUCCGUCGUAUUGUUCAACUCUUGUUCCAUCUGCACAAAGUCGUCAAACGAGAUGUCACCAUAACCCUAGAUGAUCGCAAUUGGUUACAGAAAUUCACAUAAAGUGUUCGUAUCGUAUGUAUGGUUUCAAAUUUUGAUAUAAUAAUUGUUCACUGAAAAACCAUUGAACUUGUUUGUACCUCGUUGCCGUUAUUUUCAUUGAGGGAAGCCCUUUUCAUUUGGAGGUUCAGUGAGUACGAGUGAGGAUUAACGAGAUAUGAACUCGUAUGAAGAUGCUGCGAAUCAAUUUGUCUGCAAUCCUCUUUUGGCCCCGGCCAGACGUGAAAAUGCACCGUUGUUACAGGCUUCUCAGACGAGUAACGGUGGGGCAGGCUCGAAGUUGAUGGUGGAUUCACAUCGCGCCCACAGGCUAGAAAUCUGCAUGAAGAGGACAGUGAGAGUAAGAUAGAAAAUGUAGCACAACCGCCACCCGAGAGGGUAAGGGAUAGGCGGGACUGCACAGAGUGCUUUGGCAUGAAGAUCAUGUUGCAAAAAGAUAUGCUGUGAGCUGGUCGGAUGCUUGAAGGACUAGCAAAAGCUCCAAUCUCUCACACACAGCCUCAUCGAGAAUUGAGUCAUCUGGUUAUUGUUUCAUGUGACAUACCAGAGUCGAAGACUCUGGUAAAGCAGAUGCCGAAUGCCCUUCAAGGCAAUGGUGCCGAAGAUUCCAACCACAGCGAAGGUGAAGAUCAAUGGAAUCCUGCAGGUAAGCUUGACAGCAUGGAAUCUGGUCUUACAUCGGAAAUCAAUCGUAUGAAAUUGAAGAACAUUGAAAACUUAGUUCUGAAGCUUAGACGAUUGAACUAUAAUCACGAUGAAGCAAGAACAUACUACAUUGCAUCGCUCUGCGAGAACACAAAUCCAGACCACAGAUACAUUUCUGAGAUAUUGUUAGCUUCAGGCCUCCUACUCAGAGACCUCGGCUCCAGCUUGACAACAUUUCAGCUCCAUCCCUCAGGCCAUCCCAUCAACCCUGAGUUGUUCUAUGUUUUGGAGCAAACCAAGGCAAGCAGUUUGCUUGCAAAAGAAGAAUGCAUCCCUGAUAAGGUAACCCUUGCAAAGCAAGAGAAAGAGAAAUCUCAUCGAAAACUCAUAUUUGACGCUGUCAAUGAGAUUGUUGUUCACAAGUUGGAUUCAGCUGGUAUCUCUCCCGUCCACGGCGGAGCCAGCAUGGGAUCACUGGUUGUCCUUGACUCCAAUAACUUCAAAAAUCUCAUGUAUAUUUGUUUGUAUAUUGUAUUUGACGCGUAUAAACAGCUAAAACAAACUAAAUUACAACCUUAUUUUCCUAUAUGUCUAUUUUCUUCUAUCACAUUUGUCUUCCUUUUCUCUCCUCUUGCAUGAAGUACUUUAGUCGAAAAACCUUGACAGUCUUCAACAUUACUCCAUAAUAUCCUGCAUCUACCCUUAACAAGCUUCUGCAAAUAAGAAUAGUUGUCGAUAUAUGUUGGCAUAAACUUUCAGCAUAUGUUGACAAGAAUUGACAGGUACCUACUAGGUGCUUGACGAGAUGGCCCAAUGAAGCUUUUUGGUUGAUAAUAUGACCCUAGUAUUUGAAAAUCCUGGCUACGCCACUCCCUCCCGUGCGAUGGUUGAAGCCUAACAAGCUCGCAAAGAAGACCGUCAACGCACAAAAACUUCUGAAGGAACUGUCUAGCGAGAUAGAACAAUUGCAAGCCAAGAAACCGGAGUGCAGCUUAGAGGACGAGGAUGAUGGUUUGAAAAACAUACAGUGGGAGGAUGUGGUGCAAACCGGUCAGAAAGCUGGACAGUUUUUCCAUGGUGACACGUCCGGAGUAGUGUUAGAUGUUGAACGAUUGAUCUUCAAGGACCUGGUUAACGAAAUCGUUAUU